UUUUGAAAAAUACAGAAAACCUGCACUUCGGAAGAGGAGGGAAGCAAUAGCAUUGAGCUUCUUGCCGGCUGAACAUCAUGAAGGCCCAUCACUUCCAUCUCCGACGGCACUUCGGCACCAAGUACACCGCCAAGAUCACGUCAACAUCCCCCACUGGCCGCUCUCUUGCCGCCGAGGUAACUCCGCCACCGCCACUCCCAUACGACGUAAGAGGGUACCUUCUCCCCCGUCGCGACCUCAUCUGCAAAGCCACCCAAAUCCUCCUCUCUUUCUCUUCCCCCUCAUUCUCCGACCCUUUCUCCGACCUCUCCGAUUACCUCGAAUCCCUCUCCCUCUCCCUCACUCCUCUCGAAGCCUCUGAAAUCCUCAAAGCCCUUAAAAGCCCUUCUCUGGCCCUUAAAUUCUUCCACUUUUGCCCCUCCCUUUCCCCCAAAUUCCGCCACGAGUCCUUCACCUACAACCGUCUCUUCCUCAUUCUCUCUAAAUCCACCAAUCCCCUACGCUUCGACCAAGUUCGCUCCCUCCUCGACCACAUGCACCGCCACGGCGUUCGCGGCUCCAUCUCCACCGUUAACAUCCUCAUCGGCUUCUUCGGCAACGGCGAAGACUUGCAACGAUGCGUUGACUUGGUCAAGAAAUGGGACCUCAGCCUCAAUGCUUAUACCUUCAAAUGCUUGCUUCAGGCUUAUUUGAGGUCCCAUGAUUCUUCCAAUGCCUUUCGAAUCUAUUUGGAUAUGCAUCGCCGCGGGUAUAAGUUGGACAUUUUUGGGUACAACAUGCUUUUGGAUGCUUUGGCCAAGGAUGACAAGGUGGAUAAAGCAUACAAAGUUUUUGAGGAUAUGAAGCGGAGGCAUUGUGAGCCUGAUGUGUUCACUUACACCAUUAUGAUCAGAAUGACUGGGAAAUCUGGCAAAACUGAUGAGUCGCUGGCACUUUUUCAGGUGAUGUUAGCCAAGGGCUGUAUUCCUAAUUUGAUUGCUUAUAAUACAAUGAUUGAGGCACUUGCCAAGGGUCGGAUGGUUGACAAGGCCAUCAUGCUUUUCUCGAAGAUGGUGGAGAAUGAUUGUCAGCCUAAUGAAUUUACGUACAGUGUGCUUUUGAACCUUCUGGUUGCCGAAGGGCAGCUUAAUAAGCUUGAUGAUAUUGUGGAGUUGUCAAAGAAAUAUAUGAAUAAGCAGAUAUAUGCAUAUUUUGUUAGGACAUUAAGCAAAUUGGGUCAUGCUUCUGAAGCACAUAGGUUGUUUUGCAACAUGUGGAACAUCCAUGACAAGGGUGAUAGAGAUGCCUACAUGUCCAUGUUGGAGAGUUUAUGCAGUGCUGGUAAAAUGACAGAAGCUAUAGACCUUCUGAAUAAAAUUCAUGAAAAGGGUAUAACAACUGAUACUUUCAUGUACAAUACAGUAUUCACAGCUCUUGGCAGGUUGAAACAAAUAUCACAUAUUUAUGAUCUUUAUGAACAGAUGAAACAAGAUGGCCCUCUGCCCGACAUAUUUACAUACAAUAUUCUGAUCUCCAGCUUUGGCAGGGCUGGGAGAGUUGACAGUGCUGUUAAAAUAUUUGAAGAACUAGAGAAUAGCAAUUGUAAGCCUGAUGUUGUUUCCUAUAACUGUUUGAUCAAUUGCCUAGGAAAGAAUGGGGAUGUUGAUGAAGCUCACAUGAGAUUUAAAGAGAUGCAAGAGAAGGGAUUAAAUCCUGAUGUUGUUACUUAUAGUACACUUAUUGAGUGCUUUGGCAAGACAGAUAAAGUUGAAAUGGCGUGUAGGCUGUUCGACGAAAUGCUUGCUGAAGAAUGCACUCCUAACUUAGUCACGUAUAAUAUUUUGCUUGACUGUCUUGAAAGGUGUGGAAGAACAGCUGAGGCAGUGGACCUUUAUGCAAAACUUAAGCGGCAAGGAUUAACACCAGAUUCAAUUACAUAUGCAGUUCUUGAACGUUUGCAAAGCGGGGGACAUGGGAGGUUGAGAUUUCGCAGGCAGAACCCAAUUACAGGCUGGGUUGUUAGCCCUUUAAGAUGACAUGGAAAACAAAAUAAUUGUUGACUUGUUGUACAUCCAUAUCAGGAAGAGACUGUUUGGAAGUAGGUUUUCUCAGGAUUCUUCUAAUUUUUUUAAUCUAUAGCUGUGUAGCUGAGAUAAAGCAUUUUGUGAUUAUGGCCAUCUGAUGAACUUCGUUACAACCAGAUGUACUGCUUCAAAGGCUGCUGCUAUAGCACGUUCCAGAAGUGAUAGACAUGCAUGUUUGUUGGGUGACAAACUCAAGUUUUCCUGCAUUGGAUUUUGGGAGUUUGAUGAAGAGGGGUAUCGUUUUUUUCUGUUAUGAAUCUCUUAUAGAUUCUGAUGACGAGGGGUAUCGUUUCUUUCUGUUAUGAAUCUCUCCUUAUAGAUUCUGAUACUUCAUUCCCUAACAGAGUUGGUAGCAAGCUUAUACAAGAUACGUCAUCUUAGGCAGGGUUUCCCAUUUUCUGACCUUGCAAAUUGUGGGAAAAAUACAAGUUAGUAAUUUCUUACAAGGUGAUGCUAAUGAGUGCCCUAUGAAUACUAGUUAAGAAAUCAAUAAAUAGAAAAAAUCCAUUAGAAAUCACAAUGGAUAGACAUUGAAAAUCACAAUGGGAGUGUAUUGGUAACACUUCCUCAUUAAAGCUUUUCAAUUUUUCUUAAUUAGCAUUCUCCUUUCUUAUGUAAAAUUAAUCCUUUCUUACAUGAAAGAUCAAUAAUUUUUCCUUAUUUUUUAUAUUGGUGAUCUCUAGGCUUCUAGUCAUAUGCACUGAUGAUGUAUUUAAUUCAGAAGCUGAUAGCUCACAUUCUUGGAGCAUAGUUUUUUCCCCCUUAGAUUGAGGAUGGUAUUGGAAUGCAAGGAACUGAGAUGAAAUA